UUGAUAACUUCAAAACCCAAACGGUGAGGAGUGCAGUCAAUGUCCGAGAGGGACAGGGAGUGGUUCUGUUGUGUGGACCGCCGGCAUAUUCUGGAGAGCUGACAUUUGCGUGGAUCUUCAAUGAAUACCCGUACUUUGUCCAACAAGACAGUCGCCGAUUCAUCUCUCAGGAGACGGGGAGUCUGUACAUCGCCAAAGUGGAGCCUUCAGACGUGGGCAACUACACCUGUGUGGUGAACAACACGGUCACAAGAGAGAAAGUGCUCAGCUCGCCUACACCGCUGGUUCUCAGAAGUGACGGCGUAAUGGGCGAAUACGAACCCAAAAUAGAAGUCCAUUUCCCCGAUUCGGUUCCAGCUGCGAAGGAGUCGGUGGUGAAACUGGAAUGCUUCGCCCUGGGAAACCCUGUUCCAGAAAUAAGCUGGAGGAGAACCAGUGGAGUCCCGUUCUCCAGCAAAGUCAAGAUGAGGAACUCAAACGCCGUCCUUGAAAUCCCAAAUUUCCAACAAGAAGACGCAGGGACGUACGAGUGCAUGGCGGAGAAUCGGCGAGGAAAGAACGCAGCACGUGGUCGGAUUUCAUUCCAUGCUAAACCUCACUGGCUCCAGACGCUGACGGACACGGCCCUGUCCAUCCAGGAGAACCUGUUCUGGGAGUGUAAAGCCAGCGGGAAACCCAAACCGUCCUACAGCUGGUUGAAGAACGGCGACACCAUAGCACCAGAGGGCCGGGUACAAAUCGAAAACGGAGCCCUUUCUAUAGCGGCGUUAAACCUGUCAGACUCCGGGAUGUAUCAGUGUGUUGCAGAAAACAAACACGGCAUUAUUUAUUCCAGUGCCCAACUAAUGGUGUUAGCCUCACCUCCCAGCUUCUCCAAAAGUCCGUUAAGGGCCUUGCUAAAAGCUCGCUCAGGCAGCGAAGUCACUCUCGAAUGCAAGCCUCAGGCCUCGCCCCCAGCAAUUAGCCUGUGGAAGAAAGGGAAUGAGAUCCUGCAGAGAACUGAAAGGAUUACUCUGCUUUCCAAUGGGACGUUGAAGAUCGCCAACGUAACCAAACGGGACGCAGCGACCUACACGUGUGUCGCCAAGAAUCAGUUUGGGACAGCAAGCACAACUGGGAGGUUACUUAUAACCGAACCCACCAGAAUCACCAUGAGGCCUACUAACAUGGAGAUUAUUGUUGGCGAGAGCAUCGUGUUACCCUGCCAGAUUGCCUGUGAUCCAGCUCUGGAUGUCUCUUUCUCGUGGGCAUUCAACGGCCAGCUCAUCGACUUCCAGCGAGACGGCGAUCAUUUUGAGCGAGUGGGCGGGACUAUAUCAGGGGAUCUGAUGAUUCGUAACAUCCAGCUGAAUCACGGCGGGAAAUACGUCUGUGUUAUUGACACUGAUGUGGAGAGUCUGUCCACCUCUGCAAUCCUGGUUGUCAAAGGUCCGCCGGGGCCUCCGGAUAAGGUAUCGGUGGAGGAGAUCACGGACAGCACCGCCCAGCUCUCCUGGACUCCAGGAAGAGACAACGGCAGCCCCAUCACCGGCUACAUCGUCCAGGCUCGGACGCCCUUCACUGUGGGCUGGCAGGCUGUGGACACGGUGCCGGAGAUGAUCAAUGGCAACAUGCUGACGGCCACGGUAGUCGGUCUGAACGCGUGGGUGGAGUACGAGUUCAGGGUCGUCGCUCGCAAUAAUGUGGGUCUGGGGGAGCCCAGUCCAGCAUCGGCCAAGACCAGGACCGAGGACGCCAUUCCUGAUACGGCUCCCACUGAUGUCGGAGGUGGAGGCGGCACAAAGUCUGAAUUAGUGAUAACAUGGGAGCCUGUGCCAGAGGAACUGCAGAACGGCGAGGGCUUCGGAUACAUCAUCGCCUUCAGGCCCGUGGGUACCGUCAUGUGGACUCGAGCCGUCAUCUCUACGCCCGGCGUGGCGCGUUACGUCUUCCGCAACGACACCAUCCCCCCCUUCUCGCCGUUCGACGUGAAAGUGGGAGCGUACAACAACCGAGGGGAGGGGCCUUUUAGCUCUAUCGCCACCGUGUACUCUGCAGAGGAAGUCCCCGGUGUGGCUCCUAAGAGGGUUAGAGCUCGGAGUGUGUCUGCAGCGCAAAUUGAAGCGAUGUGGGAAGCGCUCCCCGCCGUCCCCGAAAGAGUCCUGGGGUAUGAGGUUGUGUACUGGGAAGACGACACCAAGCCUGACACCAUCGGCAAAGUGCGUAUAUCUGGAAACUACACGCUGGCCAACAUCACGGGGUUGACGGCGGACACGGUGUACUACCUGUCCGUCGCCGCUUUCAAUACGGCCGGACCCGGGCCUCAGUCAGCGCCGAUCAACACCACCACCAAGAAACCACCGCCAGAUCGACCUCCACUCAACAUACAAUGGACCAUGAUUGGCUCCACACUCACGCUGCACUGGGACCCAGUCGUAGCCAUGGAGACCGAGUCAAAGGUCACUGGAUACUUGGUGCUGCUGAAGAGGCACCGCUACAACGACGUCAACACUAUCUUGACCACGAAAACCACUGUGGAGCUCAGCCUCUCGACCAGCGACAACUAUCUCAUUCAGAUCAAGGCCAUGAGCGAAGGCGGCGAAGGCGUGGGCAGCGAACCCAUCCACAUCCACAAAUUAAGCAUGGGAGCUCGGGGAUCAGGAUCGAGCCGUCUCAGUCCAUUUUACCUCUCUACAGUCCUCAUCAGUUCACUGCUCUGCUCCGACUGGUGAUGCCUAAUCAGAGCCUACAAAGACCCCCCCUCCCCGACACCACCACAACCACCACCACCCCCUCUUUCCUCCUUCCUCCUUCCUCCUUUCUCCUACCCCCAUCCCUUCAGUCCAGCCUGUCCUACGUUAACCCUCCGCUGGACUGGCAUCGGGCCCAGGCAUCAGCGGCGACACUAGAAAAGCCUGGACCGGAUCUGGACCGGACUGGACUGGACUGCACCAAACCAUUAAAGGGACCACUGAUUAUUUCAAAGGACCAUCAGAUAGAGACGGGAUUUUUUUUUUUUUUUUUUUCUUGCGUGCAUGAUAUCUUUUUGUGUAUUUCCUCCAACAUCAUCAAGUGCCACCACGCUCUAGUUUAGUUAUGAUGUCGACAUGACUUAUCUUCUUAGUAUCUCUGGAGAUACUAAUGCCUUAAUAUCCAUUUUUAUUCACACAGUCUGUACCAAAGUAGGCGACAGCGGCUGCUUAUUUAUGGUUUUCCUACCCCGUGUAAAAAUAGAUACCGCAAAAAUCUUAAGCGAUCCUUUCAAAAGGGUCACCGAUCUCAACAAAAAUUACCCUUUAAUGUUUGGCUGCAUCCAAAAAAAACAAACAAACAAACAAAAAAACAACAACAACAACCUAAACUCCAUUUGUAAACCUCUACCAUUGUCUAAUAUUCAGUAUUAUCCGGUUGCAUGCAGACAUGUUACCAGGCUUUGUUGCGUAUAUGAAGGUGCAUUGCAAAUUGAUCAACUGUGCCUCAAACCCACUUAUCUCUGCAUAGUGAAAUAAUAAUAUUCCAGAACUACAGGCUCCUAAGCUCAAGGCCCACUCUACAGUAUCCUGAUAGAUCUUGGCAUUUUGCUCUCUAUCUCAUGCUCCUCUAAAUAAUAAAUGCCUAUCACACUCUGCAUUCUCAGUCUAGCGAAAAAGCCGGGAUUUGCAGAGAAGGAGACGUGCGGUGUUAUUGUGUCAAGCAGAUCCCAUGUGUACUGUUCCUCCUCUACAUUUAGACGACCUAUGUUCUAGAUACGUAUAUCAUAUUACAGAACAUGUACAUGUACACCCCCGAUGACCAGCUGGCCCAGUGCACAAUGGACUACAGGAUAACAGUGCCUUCACUAGAGCUCACUCCUUGAUUUUUCUUUUUUUUUUUUUUUUAGUUUUUUUAGUUUUUUCCCCCCUCUUUUGCUUUCCUAUAUGAUAGCGUUACGUUGCAGAAGAGACAUUGUUUGCUUUUCUUUGCAAAGCUGCCAAGCAAAUACGGAAAGACAGGAAACUCAGUUGCAGAAUGUAGAGGAAGCCCAUUAUUGGAAAGGGUAAGUUGAUUAAAUUUUCAUUGAGACAAGUGGACCGGAGCACCUAAGACAAAAAAA